CAAACUCAGAUUGCCUUGAAAAACAGAGUUUGGAAACUCAAGACUCUCUCCAAGAUCCGGAUCUUCUUGUGGCGUGCAGUAUCAGGAGCUCUAGCUGUGGCAGAUCAUUUGCGUAUGAGAGGCAUUGAAAUGGAUGCUGCUUGCAAGCUGUGCACUCAAGGUUCUGAAACGAUUAACCAUGUUCUUUUAAGAUGCGACAUGGCUACUCAGAUUUUAAUCUCUGCAGAGAUCAUUUGGAGCGUUUGGAAAAACAAAAAUGCUAUUGUCUUAGCCAACACCCAAGACACUGUUGAAUCCAUCGUACAAAGAACCACAGAGGAAGCAAGUAUUUGGUCCAGUUUUAAUUUGUCGGAGAGAUUGUCAACUUCAAACAGGGGAGCGAGGCAUAGUCUUUCCCAGCGCUGUCCUCCUCUUUUUCCUGGCACCAUUAAAUGCAAUAUCCAUGCGAACUGGCAUAACAGGAACCUGCACAGUGGGGGAUCCUGGAUUGUUCGGGAUCAUACCGGGAAUGUCAUCUUCCAUGCUAAAGAUGCUUUUACUCGAUCCCCAAAUCGGUUGAUAGCAGAAUUGCGAUGUAUGGUUUGGUCCCUCCAAAGUAUUACGGAUCUACGGUUUACGGAUGUGAUCAUAUCUUCUGAUUUACAACCUGCGAUAGAUGCAAUUUACAGACCUUUGGAAUGGCCUCGAUAUCGAGCUCUCACGACACUUUUUCGUAACCUCAGCUAUGGUUUCGAAAGAUGCAGCUUCGAGGUCAACAACCCGAAAUCCAACUUCUUAGCACGAGAAAUUGCCAAGAGCGUGUCGCGUCAAGGUUUGUUUCAGUCCUAUCUCGCGAGUGGUGGACCCUCGUGGCUGCAAGACCACAUCAGAUAUGAAGCAAAUGUGAGCAAU